GAGCGCUCGGCGCCGCGACCCGACCAGUCUACGAUCGGCCUCCAUCCUACCCGGUUGUGUAAGUGACGGCGUAAACUACAUUUUGACAGUUGUUAUCGUGAUCGUGUGAUGUUUUCAUAUCGGAACUAUGGUGUAUCCCCAUGAAAAUGUGGAGUGAUUUCCAGGGCUCGGGCGGCGGGUGCGGCGCCAAGCGGCGCGGCGGCUCCCCGUGCGAGGGCGGCGGCAAGGUCGCGCGCUGGGAGGACUCGAUAGCGAGGCUAGAGGCGGUGGCCGCCGGCGCCGGCGGCGGGGACUGCUGGCGCGAGGACGAGGAGCGGCGCGCCUGCCGCCGGCGCUGGUGCGGCGGCUGGUGCGGCGCGCACGACACCAUCCGCGCCGAGAACGGCAAGUCCUACCUCGAGCUGGGCGGCGCCGCGGCGCGCGCCUGCUGCGACGGCCGCGCGGCCGGCCGCUGCGCCUCCCGGCGCUGCUACCGGGAGCGGCGGCUCAAGAUGAUGAACCUGUGCGCGCUCAAACUGGCGCGCUUCCGCCAGACGGCGGACCCCUCGCUGCGGCGGUCGGUGCUCGUGUGCAACACGCUGCGCGGCAUCGAGCGCGAGAUGGAGCGCGAGAGCGUCGAGGAAGCGCCCUUCGAGCCGGCGUGCAUGCCCGGCGGCGCGGCGCGCUGCGAGCUGCUGGGCGCGCGGGACCCGGCCGCCGGGCGCGCGACGCCCUUCCCCUCCCCGCCGCCGCCGGACCGCGACUCCGGCUACGGCGACGAGGAGCAGCGCACCAUCGACUGGGGCUCGGUGCUGAGCCUGUCGUCCCGGUCGGCGCUCGACCCCCCCGAGGACGCGUGGCCCGACGACUGGGGCUGGAGCGAGGACAGCUUCGUGCGGCUGCUGGUGCCGACGAGUUAGUGCACGGCGCGCGGGCAGGAGUGGCCCGCGCCCCCGUGAGCGCCUGUGAUACGGCCGCGGCGGCGGCGGCGACGAGGGCGGCGCGCGCGGCGAGGUGAGCGCGGCCGCGCGGCUGCCGCGCCCGCGCAUGCGCCCCGCGC